GUGCCACCAACGUCCACAGAUCCUCGCUGUUACUGCCUGCCCCACUGUCACGGAGCCAUGCUGAUCCUGAGGUGCCCGGCCCAGCUGCAGCUCCUGGAGGAGACCCUGCGGAAGAGCCUGCCCACCACCCUGCCGGUCCUGGGGACUGUGAUGAUGGUGGCUAGGGGGAACCCAGCCUCCCACGAGGUGCUGGUGGACUCCUGGCCCCAUUUCGGCRUUGUCCUGACCCGCCUGCGGCCAGAGGAGCACAGGGACCCCAGGGACUACUACACCAACCAGCUGGCCGUGUUCUACCGGGACGAGGGGGCCCUGCGGGCACUGCUGCGGGGAACCGAGGCGGUGGCUCAUGCACGGGCCUUCCAGAUAACGGGGCUGCAGGAGGGGCUGGAGGAGGCCGUGCAGGAGGUGGCCAGUGCCAGGGGGCUGAAGGUGGAGACGAUCCAGUACCGGGUGCUGAUGAGCCCUGAGGCCCCCCGGCCCCGCGGGCAGGUGCCCCAGGGCCUGCGCCUGGCGCCCGUGUCCCCAUCCCACGUCCCGCUGCUCAACGCCACGUGGGCCCUGGGGAAAAAUGACCGCAGCCGGGCGUUCCUGCUGGGGCUGGUGCGGACUCUGCCCUCCGCCUGCCUGCUGGACCCACGCGGCCGCCCGGUGUCCUGGAGCCUGCUGGACGGGCAGAGCUGCAUGCGCCACGGCUACACGGUGCCCGCCUGGCGCGGCCGCGGCCUCACCGGGAUCACGGUGGCCACGCUGGGCCGGGAGCUGCACGCCCGCGGCUUCCCCAUCUACGGCGCCGUGCUGCCCCACAACACAGCCUCGCAGCGUGCCCUGUGCGCCGUCGGCUUCGUGCCCCAGCCYGGCACCUUCUACAUGAUACUGGGCACCCCCGAGUAGUGCCCAAGGAGGGGUGCCAAGGUGGGKGUGCGUGUCCUCGGGGUGGGGUUACCUGGGGCAGCCUGGAUCCCCACCCUCUGAGAGAGGGAAACACCCCAGCUGAGCUCAGUUUGGAGCUGCUCACUCUGAUCCCCUACUGAUGGCACUGAUGGGAACACCCCAUAUUUCAUGCUGAGCUUGGAAUACGGAGAUGUUCAGUCUGGUCCCUACUGAUAGAACGGGGGGAACCUUCCAAAUUCCACACGGGGCUCCAGGUUUGGAGCUGGUCCCCAGUGGGGUGUGGCACGGGGCGGGGCGGGGMGCUGGAGAAAGGCUUUUAUUCGUUCAUACAAGAAUAGAUCUUCUGCAAUAAAUACCCCAAUAAAUAAACAUCUCCAAUAAAUAAACACUCAUAGACGCACCGGGACAGCGGCCACGCCCCGGCCGCACCCCAUGGCCUCGCCCCACCUCUGCAUCGAUGGGCAACAGUGGGGGAGGCGGGGCUUGGCUAAAGU